CUCACUCUCCAGCGCUCAAAGUUAGUGGAUCGGCAGUGGGAGGAUGUCUCCGUGACUGAACGUCACCUCCUCGUCUGGAUUAAGAUCCAUCGUUUGCGCCAAUUGCCACUUCAAAUCAGCGGUGUGAAAGACGGCGGUGUCAAAAACUGCACUCCAAAAUCUCGUUUUGGCUGAGGACGUGCCUUGCGCGUCACUUCACGGACUUUGCUAUUUCUUUUCCCGAUUUCUUCUAAGAUGCCAAGACUUGGUCCAUCAGCAGCAUCACCCUCAGCCCGCAUCACACCGGGCUGCUCGUUUGGAAGGACGCCCGGCCGCAGUCUUUCUAAUCUGCAAAUUCAAUCCGAAAAAUUGUGACAAAGGCUGUCAGCGUCGCAAUAAGAUAUCAAUACCCGUGGCGUUCUUCUGGAAUUUAAACGAUCUCUUUUCCUCAAGUGAAGCUAGCGUGGAGCUUGCUGGCUCCUCGCAGUUUCAGAUGUUCGCAGCGCUGAUGGUGACAGAUUAUUGUUGUUGAGUGUCCAUGCGAGACUUGGGGUGGAAACAUGUCUGGCCACUUCUCUGAGGGGAUCGCCGCUAUCAGAGAUGGCAUUUUGGUCCAGCACUUCGGUUUUUACUUCUAAAGUGCCCCGGAAGAUCUUAUUCAUGUUCACCCUCUCCCUUUCUGUCACCUAUUUGUUUUAUAGCUUGAUGAGCUGUUACAACUCCUUCCAGUUCCAGGAGAACUACGUCUACCAGGGGAGGCUGGUGACCGACGAGACAACUUUUGUAACGCUGAGGGAAAAACUUUACUCGACCUCUCCCCAGGUCUACUUGGACGAGGAAUUAAUCGAAAGGACGGUCACGGAGCAAACUAUCGCCGUUUCUGGCGUUGUAAAUAACGUGGGGUUCGAGGAGAGGACGGCGGGAUGGGUUCGACAUCAGGCGGGCACGGCGAGCAGCGUUUCGGGCGCCGCUACUGCCGCCGCCGCCGCCGGUGAACGCGAGCAUCCGGAGUUCAGCACCACGGACAGCGACCUCAGGAGAGCGCUGAACUGCACCUCGGAUUACGGAGUGAAAAAAUUGCCCCAAGCCAUUAUAAUCGGAGUGAAGAAAGGGGGUACAAGGGCUCUGCUCGAAGCUUUGAGGGUACAUCCCGACGUUCGAGCCGUUGGGAACGAGCCUCACUUUUUUGAUAGGAACUACGAGAAGGGUCUGGAUUGGUACAGAGAGCUGAUGCCCUCCACGCUGGAAGGACAGAUCACGAUGGAGAAGACCCCCAGCUACUUCGUGACAAACAGCGCUCCCAAGCGAAUCCACACGAUGGCGAGGGACAUUAAGCUAAUCAUAGUCGUACGCAAUCCGGUGACAAGAGCCAUUUCAGACUAUACUCAGACGCUGUCCAAGAGACCUGAGAUUCCCACUUUCGAAGUCCUGGCCUUCAAGAAUCGAACGCUGGGUCUGAUUGAUGCGUCGUGGAGCGCGCUGAGAAUAGGGAUCUACGCGCUUCACCUGGAGAGCUGGAUGCAGUAUUUUCCCCUCUCGCAGAUGCACUUCGUCAGCGGCGAGGGGCUUAUCGUUGAUCCAGCCGGCGAGAUGGCAAAGGUGCAGGAUUUCCUGGGACUCAAGCGCAUUGUUACCGACAAACAUUUCUAUUUUAAUAAAACCAAGGGAUUCCCGUGCCUGAAGAAGCCGGAGGACAGCAGCACCCCGCGGUGUCUGGGCAAAUCCAAGGGUAGAACUCACCCCAAAAUAGACCCGGACGUCAUCCGCAGACUGCACAAAUUCUACAAGCCCUUUAAUAUGAUGUUUUACCAAAUGACAGGGCAAAACUUUCAAUGGGAACUGGAGGAGGACGGCGCCUCCCCUGGGUCUCGGGACUAAAAGACGCACCACCAGCCUUCUCGCAGCAGAAAUCAUUUCUUCAGAAUAUGCUUCAACUCGUCAAUCAGUCAUGGCUGUCUUUGCAAAAAGUGUGUUUAACCAUAGCAAGAGUAAUAAUCUGCUCUGUCAACCCCCGAUACCAAUAGUGUUUAUGAUGGCAAACCUUAUUGUACAUAAUAUCAUAAAAUAUAUUUAUAUUUGUGAAGAGGAUUUUAUUGGUUUUGUUUGGGAAAGAGUUGCCAUACCAAUCAUGUCUUCUGAGAUGAUGCAUGCGACAAGUUAAGUGUCCUUACCCACCGUCACCCUGAGGGUUUUAUUUUUAAUCUUUACUCUCUCUUUCUCGCACACCAGCAGUGGUGCAGUGGAAUUGAUUCAGAUAACCUAGCCCAACUCUGAGGGUUCUAAACAACUACUAUCAAGUAGGAGUUAUUGAUACAGUUAUGAGAAUGUUUCAGC